AUGGGCAAUGAAUGUGCCAAAAUUGAAGACAAUGAAAGUGCUAGAAGUGAGGGCAAUGAAAGUGACAGAGGUAAGGUCAAUGAAAGUGCCAGAAGUGAGGUCAAUGAAUGUGCCAUAAGUGAGGGCAAUGAAAGUGCCAGAAGUGUGGGCAAUGAAUGUGCCAGAAGUAAAGACAAUGAAAGUGCCAGAGGUAAGGACAAUGAAUGUGUCAAAAUUGAGGGCAAUGAAAGUGUCAUAAGUGAGGGCAAUGAAAGUGCCAGAAGUGUGGGCAAUGAAUGUUGCAGAAGUAAAGACAAUGAAAGUGCCGCAGGUAAGGACAAUGAAAGUGCCAGAGGUAAGGACAAUGAAUGUGUCAAAAUUGAGGGCAAUGAAAGUGUCAUAAGUGAGGGCAAUGAAAGUGACAGAAGUGAGGGCAAUGAAUGUGCCAUAAGUGAGGGCAAUGAAAGUGUCAGAAGUGAGGGCAAUGGAAGUGCCAGAAGUGAGGGCAAUGAAAGUGCCAGAAAUGAGGGAAAUGAAUGUGCCAUAAGUGAGAGCAAUGAAAAUGCUAGAAGUGCGGGCAAUGAAAGUGACAGAAGUGAGGGCAGUGAAAGUGCCACAGGUAAGGACAAUGAAAGCGCCAGAGGUAAGGGCAAUGAAAGUGCCAGAAGUGAGGGCAAUGAAAGUGACAGAGGUAAGGGCAAUGAAAGUGCCAGAGGUAAAGACAAUGAAAGUGCCGCAGGUAAGGACAAUGAAAAUGCCAGAAGUGAGGGCAAUGAAUGUGCCAUAAGUGAGGGCAAUGAAUGUGCCAUAAGUGAGGGCAAUGAACGUGCCAGAAGUAAGGAGAAUGAAAGUGCCAAAAGUGAGGGUAAUGAAAGUACCAGAGGUAAGAACAAUGAAAGUGCCAGAAGUGAUGACAAUGAAUGUGCCAUAAGUGAGGGCAAUGAAAGUGCCACAGGUAAGGACAAUGAAAGUGCCAGAAGUGAUGACAAUGAAUGUGUCAUAAGUGAGGGCAAUGAAAGUGCCAGAAGUGAGGGCAAUGAAUGUGCCAUAAGUGAGGGCAAUGAAAGGGCCACAGGUAAGGACAAUGAAAGUGCCAGAAGUGAGGUCAAUGAAUGUGCCAUAAGUGAGGCAAUGAAAGUGCCAGAAGUGAGGGCAAUGAAAGUGCCAGAAGAGUAUGCAUACUACUUAAUUCAGUAA